GGCGGGCAGAGGGGGCAGGUAUUCCGGCCAUUCCGGCCGCAGCAACAGGCCGACUCUCCCGGGACGGUCCCGGGAAGGACCAUCCCGAGCCAUGGACAAGCUGAAGAAGGUGCUGAGCGGCCAGGACUCCGAGGACCGAGGCGGGCUGGCCGAGGUGGUUGACACCCCUUCUUUAAGCUGGGCCACCAGAAUUAAAGGCUUCAUCGCGUGUUUUGCCAUCGGCAUUCUGUUCUCUGUGUUGGGAACCUUUUUGCUGUGGGUGCCUUCCAAAGGCCUGACCCUCUUUGCCGUCUUCUACACGUUUGGGAACAUCGCGUCGCUAGGAAGCACGCUCUUCCUCAUGGGACCCAUGAAGCAGCUGAAGAGAAUGUUUGAGAUGACGCGUUUGAUCGCCACCAUUGUGAUGUUGUUGUGCCUCGUGCUCACCCUGUGCUCUGCAUUCUGGUGGAAGAACAAGGGCCUUGCCGUCAUCUUCUGCAUUUUGCAGUCUUUGGCCUUGACGUGGUACAGUCUUUCCUACAUUCCGUUUGCCAGGGAUGCGGUGAAGAAGUGCUUCGCUGUGUGCCUGGCGUAAGCUGCAUGUGUACAUUCCCACUUCUGCUUCUCCCCCGACCAGUGCCUUCCGGCAUCUGCUUUGGGCCGACCCCGAGGGGUCCGGAUAGCAAGACAUCUCCCAUGCCCCGGCGGGAGCCUCUCUCAGAAGAAUGACUGAAAAUGAGUCUCGCUCCCUGGCUUGGGCCUCGCUGGAUUUCUAGGAAUUAAGAGGUCUCCCAAAGGGGGUUGAUGCCCAGCUAUUUCCCUACCUGACCUCGGGGACAACCUCUCCCAGCAGCCAGAGAGCUACCUGGGUCCUUCCCCCCCUCGCACCCCCCGUGGGCUGGUCACCCUGGCCUAGCUGCUGUUUCAGAGAGGCCGGGGCCAUCCUCGCCGUGGGAGGCUGGGAGAGGAAGGCGGCUUCUGAUUAGGGUUCGGAUGUUUAGCUCUCCCUGCGUCCACUUUCCCCUUGUGAGUCCUGACUUAGAACGCUGAUCUCUGGCCACCUCUCCUGCUUCCCGGUACCCGUUUUUCCCGUGGUUCUCUUCCCUCCUUUAUCCCAAACCGGGGUACAAGCUGGUCUGAGAUGAAGCGACAAGGGGCUGAAGCUGAAAGGCAGAGGCCACCGGGGUGGCCUUUCUUGCCCCCCAGCCCCCUGCGUCCAUCCCCCUAGCUGCACUUUGAGGUCACUCUGCCCCCUGCUCUUCCUCCCUCUCGGAGUGGAUCCAAACGGAGACGGCGUAAGCCGUCAUCCCGACCUCUCUCUCUCCUCGUGGGAAAUUUCCACCUGCCAGCCUAAGUUUCUCCCUCCAUUUCUCCUCCCGUGGGUCCAACCGUAAAAUGGCUAUAGAAUGUAAACGUGGUGUGCGUGGAGCACCGACGGUGAGCUAAGCACUGGGGCAGACGGCUGGAACGGAUGCAGGAAUGCAAGCCGGACCCAGCCCACUCCUCACGGGGCUCCCAGAGUGUCCUCUUGACCCCUUUUCCUCAGCCACGGAGGAGGGAGGCGUGACUUCCCUCCUUCACAUAAGGACUGCCCUUUCUUGUUUCCUUCUCCCCUCCAAAAUCAAAACACCAGGCUAACUUGGGCUAGUUGUCUCUGGCAGCCUUGUGGUUCAACUGGUCCAGGGAGUGAAGUGCCUUUUUUCCAACCAGCCCAGAAUGCUGCAUGUGUGUGCAGGCAGCUCUCUCUGCAGUCUCCCCUCCCCACGGCCUCUCAGAAUCCCCCCCACAGCAGAGAGACCUGCGGAGGCAGCUUUUCCCUCUGACCUGAGAAAUGGAGCCCUGUGUUCUGCUGCCCGGAGCCGUCUGAAGGCAGCUGGUGAAUUUCGGGCGGGCCCUUAAACCACAGCUGGAUCCCGGGGUUCCAGACAGGGAAGCAGUUGAAGAAGGAGAGGGAAGGGGCUCAGGAGGAAGGGCAGAGUAUUUCCCAGACUGAGGAGGGAGGGUUAUAGUGGAGGAGAAGUAGUCCUGCCCUGCCCCUACCCUCUGACCUGGUGGACCGCUCUCCCCCGCCUGAUUUCAGUUUCCGACAACCCACCCAACCUCUUUCGGCUACGAGCCUGACAUCCCAGGGAUUUCAUCCCAACAGAAACGGAAAAGAAUUAAAGUGACUUAUUUUUUUUUAAGCUG